GUUUAUUUGAUUAUUUGCACUAGAAAUGGAAACUACUCAGCAUGAGAAAAUGACUGAAGACGCAAUAUGUGAAGAAACCAAGGUUGUAUUUAGUGAGAAAGUACUGAUUCAGAAGGUAUUUGAAACAAUCAGAGAGUUUAAAGUUACUGAUCCUUUUGGACUUGAGCAGGACCGUCCAGGAAUAUAUGCACUAAAUAUGUGGGAAGACAAAGACGUCAUCAAAGAUUUAUCUAAAAUAGAUCUUCCAGAGUAUGUAAAGUUUGUUGUUUGCACAUUCUCAAAUGGGAGUAAAAGCAAAAGAUACAACAGUAUUAUUAAUUCGAUUGGAAGGGAUCAUGUUGCCAAGUUUCAGCUAUACUGAAAUUCAAGCGAUGGCAGCAUUAUUAAGCACUCGGUGAUCAGGUCUGCUUUAAGAUAUCUCCAAAAUGAUAAGAUAGAUUUAUACAUUGAAGGAAUGCAUAUUACAGAAAGAACUUUCAUCAAACUAAUGAAAAAGUGUUGAAGGAUUAGCCAACUGGCAUUUCUCAGAUGAAGCUUUGAUAAUAUAGAAUCAAACUGUAAUCUUGGCAGAAAUCCUUCAUUAAAAGUGAUUCUUAUUAACGGAUGUAGUGACAGUAGCGGAACAAAUAUUAAUGAAAGUUCUGUCCUUGAGAGUCUCAUAAAGUUUAUAGCAGAGACUUCUCUAAAAUAUUCCAUGAAAGAGCUUCGCUUUUCUCAUUCAAUAAAAAAGACAAUAGCCAUUACUCUCAGAGAAACCUACAGCUUACCAAGUCUAGACUUCACUUGAUUUGAUAAAAGUAAAUUCUCUUUUACAAGCGUUAUAUAAGAACCCUCAAUCUAAAUUUGAUCAUU